AAAUGGCGGCGGUUUCUGUCACUAUGGAAUGAAACUUUCUUAUUUUUAUCAAAUAUUUUCCCCGUUUCCUCACGAACUUCCAGGCGUGGUCGCUCGUUUGGUGAAGUAAGGAUUUUGCGAAGGCAUUGACAUCAAUCACAGCGGCUUAAGACCGAGCUGUGCGAUUGUUUUACCCGCUUUUUGUCGCCUAUUCGCUGGGCUUCCCUCGAAGAAGUUGACGUUGGCUAGAGUGCCUGACAUUGCGAUCAUUCCGAGUGUUUUUGUCAGCAAAUUCGCUGUAUACGGACUCGUCAGCCGGGGCAGGUCGUAGCUUCCGUGGGAGAAAUAAGUAGGUGGUGUUGGAUGUCACCACCAGAAAGGAUUGCUUUGAGUUUGGUUUGCUAGCAUCGUCCAUCCUGGCAAAUCAAAUGGAAAAGCUCCAGGACCUGAGCCAAUCAGAGCUCCAGGAGCUGCUGGAUAACGCCGAGAGGGUGGAGGCCAUGGCGCUGGAGUCUGAUGAGAUCCAGAAUAUCCAGCUGGAGAGGGAGAUGGCUCUGGCCGCUAACAGAAGUCUGGCUGAACAGAACCUGGACCGAAAGCCAUACCUGGAAUCACAGAAGGAGGCGCUAGUGAGCCGAUACCUGCAACUGGAGGCUGUGCAGCAGAAGUACAGAGAGCAUUGCUCACAGAGAGAUGGAAUGGCGGGUCAGGUGUCUCCAGAGGCCUUGUUUAACAGACUUCAGGUGGAGAGCUCCAAAACAGAGGAGGAGUCUGAGUCUUUGGCAGAUGAGUUCCUGGAGGGCUCGUUGGCACUGGACUCCUUCUUGGACGGCUUUCUGUCUUUACGUUCCCUCGCCCACAAACGCCGUGUGCGGAUAGAAAAACUCCAGGAAGUACUCCGCCAGAGAACCUCCGCCUCCUCCACGGCAACCGACAAACCUGACCCCGCCCCCUCCUCCACGGCCCACCCCACCACCUCCAACAACCUGCCCCUCCCCAAACAACCAGCUCCUCCUCCAGGACCCCCGAGCGGCCUCCCCUACUCCCCUUAUCCCGUGUCCCCUCCCAACCCCGCCCCCGUACCUGUUGCCGUGGCUGCAGCAUCUGGCCCAUCCAACCCUCCAGCGCAGUUUCCACCGUACCCCAGCGCCGGCUCGUCAUUCACCCCAGCGGCAGGCUACUCCGGUGGGCCACCCCGACCGGCGUUUGGGCCCAUCCCUCCUCCUUCUCAGCCUUCGCAUUCCGGGGGUGCUUGUCCAUAUCCCACCCAGCCAUCUGCGUUCACCGGCCCGCAUCCUGGCUCUGCGUUCGGGCAGUAUACUCCCAGUAACGCCCCAGCACCCUACCCAGCGUCCUACUCCUACGGUGGGUACAGUUAUCCAGCCGGGCCGGCCUACAACAACACCCAGUCCCCCACAGGAAGACCCAUGUACAGACCCGGAUAUGGAGUACCACAGCCCUACUCCUGAAAAUUAAAAAGCACUACUCUUUUCUCUCUCUCAGAAUCUUAAAUAUGUUACCCCUGCACUGCAAAAAAUAAAUAUCUAAACAAUUAAAUUAUUUCAAUUCACAAUCUUGAUUUGAUCACUUUGACUAAUUUAAAUACAUUUACUUGUUUGACCAGAUGUUUGUAGUAGUUUCAGUUUUUAGUUCUGAAUUUCAGUUCUGAAUUGUUGAUGUCCCUUUCUGAUAUUGCCGGUGUUAUGUUUUUAUGUACAUGUUUUUUUCAUGAGAAGAUUGCACUACAGGGAUACAGGAGGAUGGGUGGGAAUCUUAAACCCCAAAUUUCAAGCUAAAUUUUCUUCAAAGAAAAUGGUAGAAAAAUACUAAAUAAGGAUAUUAAAUAAUGAUCAAGAUUUUUAAUAACAUAAAGUGUGCAUUCUUUAUGAUGUAUUAACUAAGUUAGACCCAAGUUAAUUAGGAAAUAAUGCUCCAGUGCCUAAAAUUUUGCUUGAAAUAGGAAAACUAUAUUUAAAAACUGCUACUCAAUUUAUCUUAAGUCAUUUGAUAUUAUUUUUUGCAGUGUAUAAUUCCCCACUUCUUUGAUUGAAGAGGUCUUUCGCUUUACUUCUCUCUAUGUUGCACUAUCCCCUGAUUCGUAACGUCUGUCAGUUCAAAAUGUUCGCCCCAAUCCCUCACUAGUCUCAGGUCGUCGCGUUGUGUAAAAGUAUGAAAAAACAUAUGGUAUCUGAACCCUUUCUCUGUAUAUCACAAUAUCCACCGCAUCUUAUGUCUAAUCUUUCUAUUUGAGUGCUAUGGUGCAGGCUCGGGAAGUACGGCAUGGUCUUAACUCAAUAUAAAGUGAAAAACACAUCAGGUUCAUUUUAAAUCGUUUGUAGUGGUCCAAAGAUAUUCCUCAGUUACCUGCAUUCAAAGCAUCCUAAUUAUUUGGUGUGAUAAGUUUACAGUCACUUUUUUACAACUCUCAGAGCACAUUUUUUCCCAUCACAGCUAACAUGCUAACAACAAUUGGCAUGCUAACUGUGCACUUACUGAUUAUUGGACAGUAAAACAAUUUGAUUGCAGACAGUAUGCAGCUGACUUAUCUUGUAGCGACUCAUGAUGUCAAAAUAUCUGUACUGGGCCAAGACAAAUGUUGCUCAUAUACAUGUAAAAAUAGUUUUUAUGUGGGUCCUCUGGUGGAAUAAAUAAAAGUUUGACCCAAUGUGUAAGAACUGUUUCUGAACUAAUUCUUAAUAGAUUAAGAAUCAGAUUAAUAUAUCAAAAAGACAGCUGCCAGACCAUUCUGAAUUAACUUUUCUCCAAAACUUAAACAAUCUUUUUUUUCCUAAAACUUAAAUAUCUUCUACAAAUAGACGUAUAAGCUUUUAAUUCAUAAUUUUUUGUUGAAUCUAACAUUUUAUACUUGAGACCAUGCUGUACUUCUCGUACCUCUGUCAUCAUUUCAAUAAAAAAGACUAGUUAUCUGGCAAAUCUGUUCUAAACAUAUGCACUGACUGGAAUGCCCAUCAUAUCCAAAAAACACAAAUAUUGUAUGAACCCAUAUCAUUGUCUUGGCCAUAUCAGUAUCUAAUCUACUCAUUUUGCAUGACUUUACUUUACUAUUGUUGAAAAAUACUGCCAAGAACCCAAGAUAGCAUCCAAAACAUUUUUAUUUUCUUUUGAUUUUAGUUUUAAACCAAAGAAAGUUGUAAUUGCUUGGAAAAAAAGUCAAUGCGAAGUGCAUACCUAUAUCUAAAUACACUGGUGCUAAUGAUUGGGGUGUUACAAAGGGAAGCACUGCUGUGAGUACAAAUUUAAAGUGCAUAUGACAGGUUUUCUAGUUUCUCUAGUUAUUGCUUUAUAGCUGGGAUACCUUUGUUAAAUGUUAAGCAUAUUUUGUCAAGUGGUAAAAAAAGUUUGAAAAAAUAGAACAUUUCUGGAAGUGGAGUUGUAUAAAUGAACUUCCAUAUCUGUCUCAUCAAUACACAAAAUUUCAUCCAAAUAGCAGGGACAAUUCACACACAAAGAACACAUUUUUAAGUCAUGGGAUUACCUCUUCUUAUGUCGUUUCUGCUGCCUGUGUUCAACCAAGAAGUCAAAAAAUAAUUACCCAACAAGCUAGGGAAAACUGGACAUGAUUUUUAGCAAAAUUUUGAUUAAUAAAUUAUAUAGUGUAACCUGUCUUACGCACUUUAAUUGUUAAGAGGCUGACAGUUGUAGUUGUAUUUUUGGUCACUUGGGGGAAGCAAAGAUUCAUUAAAAGUACCCUUUCUGUUCCACGAGGAAGCAUCAGAGUUUUCAUUUUAGUUGAGGUCAGAUUAAAAUAGUCACCUAACAAUAUAAGCUUAUUCUGAUGAUGGUGCUGUCAGUUAAGUCAAUAAAAAGCUAGACUUCAAAGUGAAUCAUAGAUAUUCAAAAUUCAUUGUCCAUAAUCCCAUAUCAAAAUAGUUACGUCAGAGUUGGUACAUGUAUUUACAAGAGAUAAUAUGGCUGAAUGUCCAUUUUGACAAUAAUGCCCUAUUGAAUAUUGUAUCAAGGUAAUUUCCAAUCUUAUUUACAAUCUUUUAAGGCAACAAUUCGUACACAACAUAAUUUUAAAGGGCUUUACAGAAUAAAGUAAUUGAAAAUACAACCAAAUUAAAACCAAAUUCUAUUAUAAAAUGAACUUUAAAGCCACAGUGUGUAACUCUUUAGGGAAAAAAUAUCAUAAAAUAAAACAAUAUUUUAAGUUGUGUUUAUUGCUCUAAAAAACUUGCGAGUGGGCUUGCAUCUUUACGAACCUCACUCUUAUUACCUGUUUCCAUGGAAAUGUUUCGCUUUUGGCUGUAAUAUUCCACAGUGGCACAGAGAAUGUUCCGAAAUAUGGUUUAAUUUUUUUUUAUUUUCAUGGAAUCUUGCAGGUGACGUAAUAUCUCCAGUGAGUUACACACUGUAGUUUUAAAAUAGAAGAGCGGAAUAAAAUCCUUUCAGUCAUAUACACCAACAUACCAAUAUUUUUGUAGCAUAUUUACAUAAAUGUGCAAAUUUAGCUUUCAUAAUUAAGAAACAAUUAAUCAAAAUAAACCAUGUUUCUUUAAAAGGGUUAAACCGGGUCUGUGUGGUAUCAACUCCAUGCAGUUUAGGCUCCCAUGUUUUCAAAUGAGACAAUGAUAUUAUACUUGAGUCUCUAAUUAAAUCCAUGCACAUUUUUCACUAUUUGUCCUCCAUUUUGUCUGUCUUUUCUCCUAUCUCCUUUUUCCCUUCCUCUUCUUUGACUUUUUGCUUGUUAAAACAUGGACUCAAAUGCUUGACAAUGAUCACAGAUGAAAAUAGUUUUUAUUUCUAUAAGUUGUCACUAUCAUUGAAAAUAUAUGUGCUUUGUAUAGUUAAAUAAUACAGGGGUCAUGGACAGACUAUGGUGCAUAUAAGGUAGUCUCUCUUUUGGAUAAUUCUUGUAAGUGUGAAAAAUGGGAUAUUGUAUUGUAAACAAAGGAAGUGUGUGCAAUUGAAUUUAGGACAUUUUCUUAAUUUGUUGAACUAUAGGAUUACUUAAUACGGUUGGAAUAUUUGGGUAUUAUCAAUGUAAAGUUGUCUAUUUUACUCCUUUGCUCUAGGAUUGAACAAAUUGUAAAAUGUGUCUGUGCUUUUUGGCAGCACACAUCAUAAUUUAACCUUCAUCAAGACCUUUACAGACCAGUUUGCAAAAUAAAAUCUGAUUCCCCCAGUCUUUUUUGUAAAGGAGCAAAAUAGGUGACUUAAAUUAAAUGCUGCACUAUGUAACUUUCCUGCUUGUAUCCAUGGAGAUGAUAUUGCUUUGCCUAGAAUAUUUCACAGCAUGACAUUCAAUAUGUAAAUAAACUAUAAUUACACUAAUUAAUUUGAAGAAUUUAGUGAUGAAAAAAAUUGAAAAUGCAUUUUUAUUUAUGUGAGUGCUUUCGCCUCUCCACAGAUCUGACCUGUAUCUUGCCUUGGUGGUGUCACCUGCUUGUUUCUGUGUGGAGCUAAGUUUAAUAUCAUACUGUGGAACAUUUUAGGCAAAGCAAUCUCCAGUUAUAUAGAGCAUCUUUGAAAUUCAACUGAUUCAAAUCAUAUCUAAGUGCCAACACUGUUUCGCAAGCUGAACAGAACUGUCCUUAAGUGUUUGGAAAAGUCUGAAUCAAUUUGUUUAUUAAAGUUCACUGAAACAGGAGGCUGCGUGGGCAGGUUACAGUCAUUUAAAGGUCCUAUAUUAUGCUCUCAUCUGCUCAGAAGAACUUUGGGGCAUCUGGACGUUCAUAUUUUACAUUUUUAAAAGUAUGAAUAGGAGCUGAACAAUUUGCGAAAAACAUCCAAAUGUGAUUUUUCUUAUUUAAUAGUAGGAUUCUGUUCAAAGUUCACAAAAAAAUUCACCGCUGAAAUAUGGACAGACAAACUAAUACAAGAGUCACAUUUCAUAUUUCAGUUUGUAUACAUCUAAAAUACAGAGUUAGCAGGUUUAGGCAGAAUAAGACAGACAUUUAGUUUUUUUGUGGAGGAAAUUCUUUUACUUGAAAAGCUGUAGCUUUUGCGAUUUUCUAGUUGUGUACAUUCAAAUUGUGAUUUUCGUUUGAUUGCUAUUAAUCUUGCAGUCCUAGCAUACAAAACACCAGUGAUAAAGCAGAAACAACAAGUGAUAAAGCAGAAACAACAAGUCAUCUCUAUACAUUACCAGUCAAACAUUCGACAGAAGACAUCAAAUAUAUGAUGCAAGAUGUAUGGAAUUGUGUAGCAACAAAUUGUAAAAUAAUUCAGUGUUGCAAACUCUUGACUUUUUCUCACUCAGGUGAAAGAAGGUGCAUUGAAUCUAAAUGAUAGAAGGAUUUUCGGGAUUUCUUUUGCCUUUGAGACAGAUGUUUGAUAAUGUAUGAGCCUGUCAAUGAUAAUCUGGGGUGUUUUUAAUGGUCUCUGUCAGUAAAAGUGAGUAGUUUGAAGUUCUAAACUUGGAGGUGGAUUUUUUUAUAUUUUGUGUUUGUAUUAUUGUUUAUGUUCAGGAAAUUGCGUUUUUAAUGAGACGAAAUAAGAUUAUAAAUCAAAACAAAAUCAGGAGUGAUCAGUAAUACGUGUCACAUCGUCCUGCCAUUACAAAACUUCACAUAUGUUUUUGAUAAGGAAAUGAUCACAGGUAUAAAAGCACAUGAGACUGAUUUAGCAUAAUGUAGGACCUUUAAAUGUUUACAGUUUAAAGUAACAGCAAUUUGAUUGAAGCUGUAUUUGACAUACCGUUGACUGUUUUUGAUCAGUUUUUGCCCUUAAAGUUCACACAAGAGUCCAAAAAAACAACAGGUAGGAAACUUGUGCAGUGCAGUUAAGACUUUGAUAGUGAAGUUUGCAGCCUCUUCUGCAAAUCUGGUGGUUACCCAAAUCUAAACACAUCGUACUGACCCAACCCUGUAACACGAAUGGAAACUUCACUGCAAUGGUGUGCAAAAGCUAAAGCUACAAGUUAGCAAAGCAUUUGCUGUUGCUAACCAAGAUACAGAACUAGUGCAUAGGAAAUUUAAGGGAUUGUUGUGCAAGCUAGCAGAGCGCUGCUUACUACUGUCAAUCAAAACGUAUCAUGUUUUCACAGCUUAAAACAAAGCGUUUACUUUAUAUAAAUGUAUUUAGUCUCCUUUAUCCAUUUUCUGAAGUUGAGACAAAAUUGAGGAUUUUUAAGUGAAUUAGAUUAAAUUUUAUUCUUUCAAUUAACAUAAAAUGUUUAGUUGGAAAAUAAAGUUGACAUUUCAUUUUUUGGAGUGUUGCUUUAUUAUUAUUACUUUUUAAAUCAGAUUUUCUGUGCAUUAAAAUUGUCAAGCCAAGGAAUUUUACCAUCAAAGUUGCCUAUAUUUCAAUAUGUCAUUGAAAAAUUUACUCUCAGUUCUUAAAGUAUUUUUAAGUCUUUUAUCUAAAGUAUACAAAAUAACAGGAAGAAAUCAACUGACUAUUUAGCUACACCUAUUCUAAUGGUAUUUCACACACACAUUGUUUCUAAUGUAAAUAACAUGCGCGAACACUUUUACGUCUUUUGACCUGUUGAGAAUCACAAAAUUAAUGACAAAUGAAAGAAUGUUCCAUAUUUUGUCUAAUAUUUUAACAAGAUUGGCUGUUAGAUCUAUCCUUGAAAAAAAAAAAGGGAUUUAUACAUAUCUAAAGGUAAUAUUUGGAAACUUAAUUACCUAUGUAUGAAUAUUUUUUUCUUAGAACAAUACAGUCUCCUUAUGAUGCUAUUUAAACUGUAAAAUAGUGGACAGAACAUGGGUCCAAAAAACUGACACUAUAUAUAUUGUUUUUGUCAAUUUUAAAGUUGUGCACAGCUGCCAGUUUGUUACUAAACACUUAAAUUGACGUCAAUAUAAUUUGCCUAUCCAUACUGAAAAUCAUUAGAGCAGGUGUAGACAAUAGACUGGUUUGAGUAUUUCUUCACUUAAAACUGCCCAGCCUCUGAAAUCCAGGCGUUUAUAACCAAGCACAAGGGACAUACAUAAGUGUGACUUAGGAUUAAGAAUUUAUAAUAAUGAAAUGAAAACGUUUUCAAGUGGACAGUGAAUCCUCGAGAAUGGAGGAAAUUUAAAGGUGUGAUGACUGUAGAUUGUUAAAUGAAUUCUCUUUUUUCUUGUUUUUGCUUUUUGGGGUUGAGAAAAAAAUAAAAAGCAGUUGAUUUUAAAGUAAA